AUGCUGCUUCUUCUGCUUCCAAGUGCUUUUCUCCUUGUCCCAUGGGCUGGAGCUGGUAAGAUCAUUGGUGGACGGGAAGCUAAACCCCAUUCCAGGCCCUACAUGGCUCGUUUAUCAAUUAAUCAUGAGUCAGGGCCAACAUAUUGUGGAGGGUUCCUGAUUCGCCCAGAUGCAGUGCUCUCAGCAGCUCACUGCGUGGCUGGAAAAAAGAAAGUGAAUAUCACUGUGACCUUGGGAGCCCACAAUAUGAAAAAGGAAGAACUGAGCCAGCAGGCAUUCCACGUUGGCUACUGGGUCAUCCAUCCCAACUACUCAGGAGAUGCCUUUGAAAAUGACAUCAUGCUGCUGAAGGGUGAUUCUGGUGGACCAUUAAUCUGCAAUGGGAAGGCUCACGGCAUUGUUUCUCAUGGGCGCAAAUAUUGCAUCUUCCCGAAAGUAUUUACCAAAGUCUCCUACUUUGAGCCCUGGAUACACAAAGAGCUGAGGAAGUUUGCGCUCCAAGACGAACCUGACUCUCCCUCCUCUGACUAA